AGAUUUUUUCCUUUAAUGUAAUAAAAUUUUUACUUAUUUAUUUGAGCAUUUAAUGUUAUUCAUGAGGCCUGUUCAAAUAAAAAUUAAAGUUUUCUUUAUUUAUAUCUUUCAGCUGUCCGUAAAUUAGUACCACCUCAUCUACUUGUAACUUUUGUUUACCUACUUAAUACCUGAAUUGCCUUGGUGUAGAAAGUACAAUAAAUAUUAGAGAUAGUUAGACAUAGAUGUAGUAAUUUAAAUUGUAUUAAACCAUGUUCCUUGAUCAUAUACGACCUUAUCAGAAAAUACACGCAUAUUUACUUAACAACCUCAUUGUUUAUUUCCAAUAGGUAAAAUGAUCUACUAAAUUAUUUCCGAACUUAUGACUUACUGUCAGAAUGCCAAAAUAUUGACCAAACAGUUAUUACCGAUGCCUUAGCAAUAGUAAAUUGUUAUUACCUAGCCCUCGCCUCGUCCUGAUAAUUAAUUCCUUCUUAAGGAUCGUGAAAAUGUCGCGCCAAGUGAUAACCCAGAAUGUUGAGAAAAAGAGACGUGUUCCUUUGUACCCUGGGUUCCCUGAGCUGGCGCGAUCUGAUGUCAGCAUAUACCCUGCCUACUCGAAAUUGACCUUGGCAUAUCGAGUUGUUUGCCGCCACCGAUAUCAUUGGGCCAAAAUUGCACAACGCAGGCAGUUUAUGAAAGAACUGCACAGUUUCGAAAAACUGCAAACAAAUGCCCUGGAUGGUGUGAGAGUACACAGGGAAUUUUCACAAGGAAUUCUUUCACACACGAUACCCCCGCGUCGGUAUGUACAGAAGUUGACUCCUGAUCCUUUGACAUCACACCAAAGGAUGAGAGUAGAAGAAAUUAUCAGUGGAAGAGUUAACUUCAGUCAGAAAUAGAACCAGACCACUUAGAGACAAACCAAAUACCAUAGUAUAUCCUAAAAUAAAACCACAAUGCAUUUAA